AAUAAUAAUAAUAAUUCCUUCUUCUUCUUCUCCCUGGACUGCAUGCUUCUCAGUUCCUAAACUGGAGAAAGAGGAACUUCAGGCUGAGCCCGAUGAUCGGCUAUCAUGAAGUGAGAAGUUUACGGCCUCAAAAGCAGGAAAGCAUGUGUUCUGUGGUUGGUGGGCAGUCCUGCUGAAGACUUGAGCGCUGCAGAGCAGAAGCUCAGCUCAGACGCUGGACACUCCUGUCUUGGGAGGAAGGCGUAGGCAAGCCGGAUUUAGCCAGUCGCUCUCGCCUUGCGUCUCCCUUGACCUUACCCAUUGGGGAGGGAAGCUCUGCCACUCAACUGACCUGAUCCCUCUCCCGUCUCCAGGAUGAAGGUGUAUAUUUUGAUAGCCCUCCUGGUUCUCCUGGCAGCGGAGGAAGCAGAGGCGCUGAGGGAACCUCGGUUGUGCUACGUCUUGGAUGGGAUCCUGUUUGUCUAUGGUAUAAUCCUCACGUUCCUGUACUGCCGGCUGAAGAUCCAACAACGAAGGAAAUCGAAGCUUCCCCCUACUUCUGACUAUGAGAAAGUGGAAGGAAUCUAUACCGGCCUUGGCGCUCAGGAUCCCGGAACUUAUCAAACUCUUGAGCUCCCUAAAAUUGACCCAAAGGCGGAGUCCCCUGCGGAAGCAGUAUCCUUGGUGGGAUAGCAACGCUCUCUUGUGGAGACCCCUCCUCAACACCUGAAUUUGCGCACCUAAAUUUUGACGCCAGAAGAAGGAAUGUCUCUGCUGUACCUGCAUGGAAUAUGCCACCUUGCCGGCACAUCGCCUAAAGUGAUUUUGAUGGUGCAGUACAGUAGACCAAGAAGGGCCCUGCAGAUGUUGCUGGACUACAACUCCCAUCAUCCCUGAUCAUUGGCCACGCUGGCUGGGGAUGAUGGGAGGUGGAGUCCUACAGCUCAUGGCUGACCACAGAUUCCCCAACCUACCACAGAUCUUGCCUGUUGUAUUAGCAACCCUUACGUUUGCUGAUCUCAUUUGACGUCUUCCACGGCGGGACAGCUUGAGGGUGAGCAAGAAAGAAGUGCCAGCUUUUAUUAAUCUGUAUUUUUUUAAAAAAUAAUAAUAAUAGUUGUGGCUCUUUUCUCCUGCUGUUUUUAAAUAACAUGUCCAUAGCUUGUUUGGAAAAUCAUGUCAAUAGCUUAGCAAGGUGGGUGCAAUCCAGAUUCCUGGCUGGGAGUUAGGGAUGGACAGAUUUGUCAGUUUUGGUUCUCCAAGUUCCUCUUCUUCCCAGUCUUCAUUUCUCCACAUUUCCACAACACUGGGGAGGAGCCGUGGCUCAUAGAGCUGGGAACACCUCCUGUAUUAAAUCCUGAACAGCUGUGGCCAAUCAGCGUGGACAAUACUGGGCUAGAUGGACCGAUGGUCUCACUUGGUACAUUUCCUUUGUUCCUAAUUUGCAGAUUAUUGUUCUUUAAAAUCAUCAGCAUCUGAGUACAGAAUUCUCCUAACAUAUUUAUUAGCUUUGACUAAUAUAGAUAUUUUUGCAACAAAUUUCCCCUAACAUUAUGCAUUUUUGUAUGUUAUUUUCACUAAAUAGAUACAUUUUUAAACGAAUACUUUGCCGUUGUGUAUGCCUCUUUGGCAGAAAGGGGGGGGAAAGACAUUUCAGUGCGUAAAACGCUCUCAUUUCACCCUGAUCGGGCAACUCCUGGACUCUUCUGGGACCUUGCUGCAGCCUGCAGAUAUAGUAACAGGGUCUUCAACCCCCUGUGACCCCAGACCACUACACCUCUGGUUCAUAGCUGCCAAGUUUUCCCUUUUCUCGCGAGGAAGCCUAUUCAGCAUAAGGGAAUUUCCCUUAAAAAAGGGAGAACUUGGCAGCUAUGCUCUGGUUUGCAGGAAGGCUAUAUGGCAAAGUGCAUUCCUCCUGGUUUGCUUGUGUUUACUUAUAUUCCCAUUAGCCAAUUGUUCAUCACACACUUUUAAAUGUACUUUCCAAUCACUUUCCAUGUCAUCAAAACUCUGCCUCUGUGGGUGGUUUUUAGGGUUGCCAGACUCAAUAGAGGACAGGACUUCUGUGCCUUGAAUUGCCCUGCUCUCUUUUGAGUCUGGAAACCUUAAAGAGAAACCAG